AGCCCGUCAGAGUCACUUCUCCGCGGUGAUCCGUGCCGUUGAGAACACUCGUUCGUCUUCUCGACACUUAUUUUCACUCGGUCUCACUGUGUUUUCUCCGUUUUUCCCUUCAUUUCGAGUCCGAGAAGAUUCUUUUUUCUCUGGAGAGAUUACGAAUUUGGGCCUCGCUCUGUAGACUUGAGGAAAGGGGAUUUAUGUGCUGUGUGUGUGUGUGUGCGUGGGUGUGUGUGCGCGCCUACGAGUGUAAAUAACAGUGUGAGACUCCUUAAAUAUAUGUGCAUACAUGCACAUGUGUAUAUGUAUAUAUUUGAUUUACGAUCUGUACGCUUGUAUUAAUGGAUUUAAAGUACGCCUUUAUUAAAACCCAUCGAGAUACGUGAUCCGAAAGAUAAACGUCCGCAGAGCCAGUUUUUCUCGAAAUCUCUGCUUUUUUUAUUUCUUUCUCGUUACUUGUUGUUUAUUCUACGAAUCGACCGGCGAAAUAGUGACACUUUGCGUUACGGUAUAGCGAUAUCGGUUGGGGAAAAAGGCCGCGCGUGUGUACUCUUCGUGUGUCCAUGUGUCAAAGUGCCUUUGAAAAUUUGAGCUGCGACAAAACGUAAAAAGUGACAGUUCCGCGGAUAGGGCAAGUGGACUCUAAUUUUUAUUACUUCGUUUCGCUCUCUUUCUCUCUCUUCACAAAUUCCGGACGAGAUGAAUAGUUUGACGUGCGAAAUUAUCUCGAGCCGGCUGAGUGAAUUUUCCGAACAUCAAAUCGCCGAUAGCCUCACGAUUUUCCGCUAAAAUUUUCCCCCUCUGUGCGCGUAUGUGUGCGCGAAAUAUUGUGACAGGAGCGACACCUGUCCAUCCACAAUAAGAAAAGAAAGAAAAAACGCGAACAUCACACCGACCAGAUUCUCUCAUCUCGAGGGUUCGCGACGUGCUGCGAUUUUUCUUUCUCCAAGACAAAACUCCGCGACCACAAAAACCGGCUAUUGUACGAUUCCGAAUAUAAAAAAUUGAAGAAUCAACGAUAUUUCGUGAACUAUCCUUUUCUCUUUGCAAACGAGCAUCUCGGGGCCAAAGAGAGGCGGGAAUGACCCCAGAGUUAUAACGAUUACUCGAAGAGGUCGCACCGGCAUGGAUUACUCGACGAAAGUGAAGACCACAACGACAGCAGCAACAGCAGCAGCAGCAGCAGGGGCGACGGAAUCCGAACAAUCUGACAACAAAAUUGACCAUCGUUACGGCAGCGACACGCAUACGGAUGCAGCUUCAUCGCCAUUGACGUCGGAGCAACAGGAGGGAGGAACAACGUACGCUUGCCCGGCGUGCCCGGCAGUGCUGACAACGUCGCGAGACUUGACGAACCAUUUGCGAGGGCACAAUUCACCGCGGAGCACAGAUUACAGUGGCGAGGAGGAUUAUUCGUGCGGGGUUUGUCACAAGGUGCUGAGCUCGGCGAGCUCGUUGGACCGGCACGUGCUGGUGCAUUCGGGAGAGCGUCCGUUCAAGUGCAAAUAUUGCGACAUGGCGUUCACGACGAACGGUAACAUGAACAGGCACUUGAGAACGGCGCACGGUUCGUCACCGAGAGAGACGACGAACGGAUACACGGACUCGGAGGGGAGCAGCGACUCGGAAAAGUCGGGAGUAAAGCGCCGACGACGUCACGUCGUCGAGCAGGAAUACAACAACAACGAAAUCGGUAAGAGAAGCUCCCCUAAUUUGUUGAAUCAGUUGGAAUCCCCGACGCGAUUCACGGCCAAGAGAAAGCGCUCGGAGAUGAUCGAGGAGGCUGAAAAUCCUUCGAGAAAGCAUAAAAUAAUGUUGGGCAAUUGCCGAAGCGAGAUACAAAACGGGGAGAGCAAGAGCGAGUCCCGGGCGGUGAUGCACAACUGUCCGGUCUGCGGGAGACUCGAUUUCCCGACGAGCGCCCUCUUGGAAUCGCAUUUGGAACGUCACCAUCCGGACUUCCCGGCGAAAUGCGAUCCCUGCAAUCUCUCGUUCAAAAAUCACCGAGUUCUCAACCUCCACAAGUACAUGAAACACAUAGAGAACGAGAACUCGUCGGCGGGUAACAACGGCAGAAAUUUGAGAAACUCGGUCGUCGGUUUCCACGAUUUGACUUUCGUGGACUUUUCGUCAGAUAAAUUUCCGGCGAUUGCGCGAGCCGUCUGCGAGCAAUCGUUGCACCGACCAGCCUCCGGCGAGAUCGCGAGAUUUCAGUGCGACAAAUGCCUCAGAGCGUUUCCCUGUCGCUCGGCACUGGACGCCCACGAAAUGGACUGCGGCACGGCGGUCCAAGCGCCGAUUUGCUGUUUGGAGGAUCGCUCAUCGAGGAGGGACGACUUCUUCGCUGGUUUGGACCUCCAGAACAGAGCUGCCCUCAACGAGGCGAAGGAGGGUAAAGAUUUGGCUGAUAUUCAAAGUAUUAUUUCGAUCACUUGCGGUCCAAUAUUACGAAGCUUUCCUCGUUCAGAUACGAGCACUCCGGAACACCAUCACCAGGCAAAACCGAACCCGAGCAUCGCCGGCUCCUCCGGAUCUUCCGGGACACCGUCUUCCUCGGAUUACCACCAAGAAGAGGAGGCCCAGGACGCCUUCGCCGCGGAGUUUCGCCGUAUGAAGCUCAAAGGAGAAUUUCCUUGUCGCUUGUGCGACGCGGUAUUUCCAAACUUGCGGGCGCUCAAAGGGCACAACCGUUCUCACAUGGGAGUCGGACCAGGAAUGCCCUAUCCCUGCAACAUGUGUCCUUACACGAGCAACGACAAGGGCACUCUUGUGCGCCACCUCAGAUCCCACAACGGCGAUCGCCCCUUCGAAUGUUCCCUGUGCAACUUCGCUUUCACUACGAAAGCGAAUUGCGAGAGGCACGUGAGAAAUCGCCACGGUAAGGUUUCCCGAGAAGAGAUUAAAAGCGUUAUUAUUUAUCAUCCGAGCGAGGACAGCACCAACGAUUCUGGAUCGCUCGACCGAUCGGAAUCCCGUCGCGAAGACGCUCGCAAGUCCCUCGUAUAUCCGCCUUCCGUGACCGAUCUCAAAGACGAGACCAGCCAGCGUCGCAAGGACUUUUAUCUCGGCCUCCAGUUUGGAAACAAACAAAACAGCUCUUUCAUCUCCGAGAACGCGAGCCAGAUUUCCAUCGUGCAGUCUCUCCACUACGACAACAGUGAAAUGUUCGCCAGAGCUCGAGGCUUCUCCCAGGAUAACAACCCCAGAAAUAUCGACGAGGAUCCCGACGAGGACGAUUACGACGAGUACGAUUACGAGGAAAACGAGAAUGACUCGGCCGCCAAAUCGGAGAACAGCGUUAAACUCGAUUCCAACGUUAAUUCGGGAUCUUCGGAGGACGACGGAACGGUUUCUCUAGUCAACGAUACCAAAACUGCAGCCGCGGCAGCAACAGCAGCAGCAGCAGCAGCAGCGCACCAAAGAGUACUUCAAACUAGUCCGAUCGACUUGAAAAAGAGCAGCAGCGCGAGGUCCUCCAACGCCGCGGUGGCCGGGGACGGUGAGCAGGUCAGAGAGAGUUCAAGCUUUGCAACCGGCGAAGACGCGCCUCUCGAUCUUUCCAUGGAUGUUCUCGAUUUGAGUAAAAAAUCAAACGGCAAUCGAGCCUUUUCGCCGUCUUCGCCGAGCACGGCGACAACGAUGCCGAAAAACGAGGCCGAGUUUGGCCGGAAUCAGAAAGAAUUUUAUGACGCGACGAAUCAAUUCUUGCUGACCCAAGCUUUGCUCAAAGCUGGACAAGCCGGAAACCCGGCAACGUCCCUCGAAGCUCUCUACGCCAACGCUCACAUGAUUUAUCGUAAUUUCGGUGGUUUUACAGCGGCCGGAGUCGGCGCUGGUAUUUUACCCCCUUAUCUCUUCAAUCCGCACAUGUUCGGUCAAGAUUUCGCUAUCAAAGAUCGUCUGCAGAAGGAAUUGGUGCGGGGAUUGCAGCUGACCAGCGGCGGCAAUCUGGUCGAGCCGCCGAUCGGAAAUACCGCGUUCGCCGGCGCUUAUCCUCCGGGACGAGACGGCACGACCUCACGCCCCGAGCUACCAAACGAUUACGGAAAAAUGAGCGCGUCCAAAUUGUCACCGAAAGUGGCAACGAGCGCGCCGGUGAGAGAAGCCAAAAUUGAGAGCCAUCCUCAGUCAUCGAAUUCCGUUAAAAUGGUCAUAAAAAACGGAGUCCUUAUGCCAAAGCAAAAGCAGCGAAGAUACCGGACCGAACGACCUUUCACCUGCGAACACUGCUCCGCGAGAUUCACACUCCGGAGCAACAUGGAAAGACACAUAAAGCAACAGCAUCCUCAGCACUGGAGCCAAAGACCACGAGGCGGACAUUCCACGAGGGGAAGACCGCCCGCGAAUCCUCCGAGCCUCUUGUCGAGCUCCAGCAAUCAUUCGAUCAAUAAUUCCCUGUCUCAGCAGGGCUGCAAUAUUCUGCCGAAAAUCGGAGCUUCCGGAGGACUGAAUUACGAAAAACAUUCCAUUUCGGAUCAGGUCAAAUACGCGAUUCUUGCUCAGCAGCUCAAAGGCAGCAGCAAAACGGAGGAGAACGACACCGAGGAAGAGUUGGUUAUCGACGAGGGCGCUCAAGAAAAUCGGGACUCCGGGGAAGCCGAAGCUCAGCCCCAGGCGACGAGUCUUCUCCGAGGAAAGCUCGAGGGCACGAGCGGUCCGUACAAGGACAAUCCGCGAUCUCAGCUCCAGCGAAAAUCUUCUGAAGUUGGAAAGCGAAAGGCAUUGAACGAGGAGGAGGAGGAGGAGGAGGCGGAGGAGGAGGAGGAGGAGGAGCAGCAGCAGCAGCAUCCGGAGCCGAUGGAAUUAGAGGACUGUUGCAGGAUGGAGAUUAAAACGGAGCCGAAGGACGGGGAGGAGCGGGGGGAGACCGAACGGAAGGAGGAAACUCGGGCACCCAAUCAGUGCGAUGCCCCGGAAUCGGCUGUGAAAGUGGAGCAGCAAUCGAGCUCGCGCGAUUCUCUAAAGAACGAGAGAAACGAGGAUCUCGCGAGCGUUUCCGAAUUACUGGACAACGCUUCCCAGCAGUAUCAACAAUUUCAGCCUCAGUACAUGAGCGACGAAGAAGGCCUCGUCGCUUCGACCAGCGACUGCAACAAUUCCGGCAGCGACGAAAAAUCCGAUUCCGUUAAUUCCGCAAACUCUAACAAUUCGCAAUCAUCGAAACGCAAAAAGAAGAAAAAGAAGAAGAUGAAGAAGAAAUCUGCCUAUUCCAUGGCACCUAACAGAGUCAUUUGCCCGUACUGCGAGAGACCCUUCCCCUGGACUUCCUCUUUAAGGAGACACAUUCUCACUCACACCGGACAAAAACCUUAUCAAUGUAUGCACUGCUCCCUCCUCUUCACCACCAAGUCAAACUGCGAUCGCCACUUGUUGCGAAAACACAAAAACACCGCCAACAAAAUUCGUCGGAUGAGGAAUUCCUCGUCCCCCGAAACCCUCGAACAACCCUCCAACAACAAUACGACCAACAGCAACAACAACAACAUCACCAACACCAUCAACAACAACAAUAACAACAACAACAACAACAACAGCUCCAGCAGCGCAUUCGCCAUGAGAAACGUUCCGGAGAGGCCCUACAAAUGCAAUCUUUGCCCGAGUUCCACCUUCUCCACUCUCGGCAAUCUAAAGAAGCACAAAUCCUCGAAACACUCGAGAAACACGGAGCCCAAGUCCCGGGCCGAGUCCCCCGUUACCAGCGAGCCCCGUCACAGCCCGAUCACCGCGUCGUGCAUCAAACAGAACGACAACAGCGGCUACGAGAGCCAAUCCUCGACCAACUCCGAGAACACGGACCGCAUCGAAGGGAUGGAAAGUUUGGAAAACCCUCGCUCAACCGGGCCUGCCAAUCCCGAGGAACCGGAGGCACCGGAAACCCAAUUAGCAACGCCGGAAACUACAAACGAGUCGCCCGAAAUCCCCAACGAAGACAAUCUUGAAAGCAACAAUGGCCAGGAGGCUCCCGAGCAACUUUCCAACCCCUCGGAAAAUCAGAUCGCAAAAAAUUCUGAAAACAAUUUGGCAGCGAACGAAACCGCUAAAUCUCGAAGAUUGUCCCCGAGGUCCUCGCCCGGACCUACCGACGCUCCAUUCAAGUGUCACCUCUGCGACAGCGGCUUCUCCGACCGUCAGGACUGCCUCGAACACAUCAGAAUCAAUCACACACGAUCCUACGAAGUUCUCGUCGCCAAAGGCGCACUCGAUAUGGACAUCGAAACUCCUGAGGAACAGCAACAAAUGCCACAACCUCCACCAAACUCAACGACUCAACACACCAGCGAUGGGGAAGAAAAACGAGGCAGGUUCCCCGACUACAGCAAUAGAAAGGUCGUCUGCGCCUUCUGCAUGCGUCGUUUUUGGUCAGCGGAGGAUUUGCGUCGUCACAUGAGAACGCACACAGGUGAGCGGCCAUUUUCGUGCGACAUAUGUUGUCGCCGUUUUACUCUGAAGCAUAGUAUGUUGCGACAUCGUAAAAAGCACGAAUCGGUUGAUUCGAUGAUGUACGUGGGUACGAGCGGGGACGAGGAAUCGGCUCCGUCGCAGCCCCCGACGAUAACGCCUCGUACUCAGCAGCAACAACAGCAACAGAGCAUGAACACAACGGUGUGUGACUCGAGGAUCCAGGAAAGAAUGUCUUUGCCAACGGUGGCAACGGUCGCGACCGGGGACGCCGCACCGAGCGGUUUGAUGAGGUUCAAUCCUUACGAAAAACUUACGACUCUCACUGGCAAAAUGGCCAACGCUCAACAAGCCUUCAGCGAAUGUCCUACCGACACGGAAAACGAUCUCAUUUCCAAUCUUCUUGGUAUUCGCGAUAAGAGCAUCAUUGACAAAGUUUUGCAAGCAUCGGCCGACGACGCCGCCAAAUUACUCGGUGUCAACAGACAUCACGAUUGAAUUUUCCCCUUAAAAUAAAAGAGAGAGAGAGAGAGAGAGAAAACAAAAAUAUUUCACUCCGCUCGAGAGCGAUGUACAAAAAUUGAAAAAAAAAUUAUCAAGUAAUUGUACGUUUAUGUCAUAAGAUGUCGAAUAUUUCGCCUAAAAAUUGCUGUUAUCAUUCGACUCCCGAAUUUCGUUCACGAUCGUGCCUUACAGAUUCUAUUAUAACCUCGGCUCGCGGUGUUUCAUUGAGAAAUAAUGUCGUGCAUCAACACGAAAUUAUCGACUCACGCGACCAGGCGCAUUUCCCACGGUUCAAUAUUUGCAUAGAAAGAAAUAAGAAAGAGAGAAAUAGAGAAACGUAAUCGAAUCGGGUCCUCUCGAUGCCAGCGAAUCACGGAGCACGGAUUCUUCGAUGUUUGUUUUAGCGCUUCAUUUUCGCGUUUCAAAAAAUCGUGCUGAAAGAUUUUUUUUUUCAUUGCGUUAUCUCCGGGCAACAACCUUAAUAUUUACAGUCUGAGGUCGAAGAAAAGGAGGAUUUUAUUUUAUUUUUUUUUUUUUAAUGACAAAAAAACGACUGUCAAACGGGAUCAAAUUGCUUUAUUUUCUUCAGUCACUCCCUUCGUUCGGACUCGAUCGCAUUUUUUUCUCCAAAAUAAAUAGUUUAUAAUUCGUCUCAUAGGAAAUAAAACAACAAUUAAAAACUUUGACGUACUAUUCGAAAGAAAAUGGGAAAUGAUCUUUCCAACACGAUCUGCUGAAAUCGCAGGGAGAAAAAAAAGAAAGAGUUUUAAAGAUCGACCUUCGCGUAUUCGCAAACACGUGUGUCCACGUCGUUGCGUAUCACACGAGAGUGCGAGAAUAAACAUCGAUCAUUUAUAUCUGAUCUUUAUUUUUUCGCCCUGUCGGUUGUGCCUAUAUUUCAUUUAUCUGCGUACGUUCCGCUCUGUGCGCGCGCGCCUGUGUGUGUAGAUUUUUCGAGUGAAACGGUAGAAGCAGAUGUGUGUAUGCAAUAGUGUGUAUAUGUAAAUAUUUCGAAUAGUGAUAAAUAAUAAGAACAGUAUAUAUAAUUUAAGAUAAGUAACGUACUAUAGGUGAGAAAAAAAACGAAAAAAAAAAAUGAACAGACGAGGAGCAAUAGCGUCGUAAGUACGUUGAAAAUGUAGAUGAAAAAACGGGAGAAACAGCGUGCGCAUUUGAGUGUGUGAUAAAUCGAUGCAGUUCUCGUAUCGAGAUAAGAAAAUGAAACAAAAAUUAAAAAAUUGCUAAUAGGCUAGAGAGAGAGAGAGAGAGAGAGCGAAGAGAGUUUGACGUCGAAUAACAUCUCGAUAUUUCUUCGUGACAGCCAAAAAAAUCGUAUCGAAAAAUCGUACUGCGCAAUUUUUCGUCCAAUAUUUGAUCACGUGGAGGAGAGUAUGUACACAAAAAGACGAAAAAAAUGGUUGACUUUUGAAUAAUCGUUGGAUACACCCGCCCACUUUUAAAUCGCACUAUUUUCGAUACGAUUUUUUGUUUCGGUUGUGUCGUGACAGGAAAGUGUCAAACUCUCUGCUUAAUUGUGCAAGGGAAGAGCCUUAGUCCGAGCCGAUAUUUGGAGGCCUCGCAGAUCUUCCUCGUUUCGUCGAGCGAUAGGAAAAUUGGAUAGCCGAAAAUAUGAAUAUAUAGAAAAAUAUAUAAAAAUUAAUUUUUAUAUAGCGUCGUCGGACGACGACGCUAUGAAGCUAUGAAAGAAUUAAUCUAAUUUCGCGUGAUGCGCUUAAUAAUUAUAUUGUACUUGUGAAUCCAAAGAGAAACGUUUUAAAAGCAACGAUUUCAAACAGAAGGAGAGAAGAGUAAGCGAAUUUAAUAGCUACAGCCAUACACGUGUGUUGGUACUAUAUUUAUUGACUCUCCACGUUAUUUUUUGUUUUUUCCUUCAUCCAAUCGAGUGCUUUUUAUUUUAUUCUAUUUUUUGCAAUUAUACAAAAGGUGCGUUUAGUACUUAAGUUUUUCUUCUCCUAUCAUCUCUGUUUUCCUUCGCAAAUGAUAAUUAAUAACAAUUACUCGAGGCGCGCGCACACACACACACACACACACACACACACACACACACACACACACACACACACACACAAACAAAUUCUCUCUACACUUACACACAUACAUGUUUAUACGCAAACGCUACUCGCCGACGAUUUUAACCAUAAAAAUACGUGAAGCAAUAAUACGAAACGAAAACAAACAAAAAAACAAAAAAAGAAGUAAUAGCGAAGAGUCUAUAGUAUUUAAACGAUCUAUACACAUAUAUUUUAUUGUCCCAAAAAAAAAAAUCGUAUUGUAUUGUAAAUAUUACCAAUUAAUCCAUAACUAGAUUAUUAUAAUUAUUGUAAUUUCGGUAUAGCCCCGAUGAAGUAAUGAUAUUUAAGUGAAAAAUGCAAUUAUACCAAAUAUUUGCUUAACUUUAUUCAGCACCGAUAUAUUUACUUAUACAUGUACAUCGAGCUUCGAUUUUAAAAAUUUGAUAAUCGAAUGCCGAGAUGGAAAAAAAAAGAAAAAAAUCUUCAAAAAGUGAA